UAGUCGCCCAUAAUACUAGGUACAAAACUAUUUGCUCUUCCUUAGCAUGUCUCUGAAUGGAACUAAACAUCGGGAAUAACGAAUGGCUUAAGCCAUGUACACAAUUGCGUAUAUACAGAUUGUAAUCAUCCAUGUUUUGCGCAAUUUGUCUAAUAAUAUUUACCUGCAAUAUCUAAUAUUCAGAAAUGUUAUCUUAAGACCGAUAUUUCAGACACUUGAUAGAUUAGCGAAGUAUAAUUUAAAUUUCUUGUCGAUAGGGAAGAAGUAUUUGUGGUAACGCAUUGGAUUGUGCAGACAGAAAACGCUGGGAUUUCACAGUUGCUAAACUUCCCACAGUGGGUACACUAUAAGGAGGUUGCGUUCAAUAGGUUUACAAAAUCACCCUAGAUUGUGGCAUUUUUCCACACAUAUUGGAAACGAAAGCAGUAUUGAAUCUUUGAGUAAAUGAGUGCAUAUAUUUCCUUUGUCAAAAGUGGCGGCUGACGAAUACUGUUCAGUCGCAGAAAUAUGGGAAAAAGUAGCUGCUUUAUGGAUGCAUAAAUAAACUUCAUUUUCAAAGAGUUUAUAGCUCUAUAUUUGCGUGCUAAGUGCAUGCAAAGGUGUACUGAAUACGGAGUUUCAAAACCCUGGAAUGUAGUCUUAAUAUGUGGUUGGUAAGUAAACAAAGUUAUCCCAGUUAUUGCUAACACUACCUCAGCAUACAUACAGAGGUUUUUUCCUUUGCGCUGACAAGAUACCUUGUAUUUUCUUUAUUGUGAACUAUGUAGAGAAGUUGGCUGAAUGAGGUUCUAGGGAUGUUGGAGACUUUUAUUAAAGUGGUCCAAACUGUACCGCAACAUCGCAAAUGUUCUCAUUCUUUCCAGCAUCGAGCAAAUAUCUGGGUGCCGCAUCAUCUGUAUCAAAUAUCUACAAAUUUUAAUCUAUUAGCGACUUUUAAACCCUCGGCAUAAUAAUAUUACUAGUGGUAUACUCGUAUCCAAACCUUGUACAACUGUUUGAGUUAUUUAUUUCUUCAAAAAACUAGUGGUUCUUUCAUUAGAUUUACUUUUCCUGAUAGUUUUAAGUACAGUUGCAGAAUAAUCCUGAUUCAUUUUAUUUCAAGAUUAUUUCGAAUAAUUAUUUAAUGACACUAUUUUUACGUUAGAAGUAAACUCCAAACUUAUAGUACGGUAGUGGGCUUAGAAAUUAAUAGAAAUGAACAAAUAGGACUUUUAAUUAUGUUGCCGAAAACUGAAGUAAAAUGGAUAAAAACUGUAUUCCCUCGGUAAACAACUGUAAAGCUUGAAAAGUUACAAAAUAAAUAUCAUUCGAUGAGUAAAUGUCGCUGGCGAAAGCUACGUUAAGCGCUUGUAGCACUGAUCUUUUGCAUUAGAACGUUACGUACGUAAAGAUAUGAAUCUAGUCAGUAGUGAUGAAUAAUACCUCAUAUAUUCAUCUAAACAGUUAAUACUGCUAAUGGAAAUUUUACAGAGUAUCAGGAAGAUUGAUUUGUGCUAAAAUUUGUUUUUACUGCCCUUAUAACAGACGGUAAAGAAAGCUUUCCCAAUAGAAGUUUGAAUACUACCUGAAAAUUUAUAGUGAAAAUAGCCCCAUGUUAUGCUUUGAAGUUGGUUUCAUGCCAGUCUGUAAAAAUUUCCACAAAAUACUUCGUAUUAGUAAAAGUCAGUUUACAUGUACUAAUUCGUGAUGUCUUCUUAAUGUAGUGUCGUACUGUACAUUAGAGUAUCACUUUUACCUGUAGUAUGUCAUUUACUUAUUCAUUUAAAGUGACUUAUAAUAUUGCAGAUAAUCUGAAAUCAUAUUGUUUCAUUUCUUCAUCAAGAAUCCAUUCAAUUUAUAUCAUUCCACUGUUUUAUUCUCUACUGAUAAACCUCAGAAUAUUCACUCAAAACAAUCUUCCCAACUGGAUUUCUGCAAUGUUCACCUGUUUCCUUAAAAUCAGAAGAAGAUGUAGUCUUUACAAUAAUCCUUUACGGGUUUUAUCUACUUCUUCAAGUAAUGCGGAGUUGUCUUACAUGCAAAAACAGUAUUCUAUGCUGGACAAAGAAUGCAAGGAACGUGUAAGUACUUUGGAUCCAGUCAAUCCUCGGGAUAUAUUUGUAAAUAAUGAAGUAAAACUGGGAAAAGUUCAAGUUUAUGGCUUCGAUUAUGAUUACACGCUAGCUCACUACACUUCUGAACUGGAUAAAUUUAUUUUCAAUGAAUCGCGUACCUGGCUUGUUGAACAAAUGAAAUAUCCUGAAGAAAUUCUGAACUGUGAUUAUGUGGAAUUCGCCAGGCGUGGUUUACAUUUUGAUGUAAAAAGGGGAUUAUUAAUGAAAGUAGACGCUUUUCAUCAUAUCCAACUGGAUACUGUUCAUCGUGGCUUUACACUCCUGUCAUUAAAUGAAAUACUAAAUGUUUACCGUGGAGUUCAUCUGGCUAGUGAUGUUUUGAAGCAAAAGAUAACACCCAGUGAUACUGUUAUGCUCCAGUUAAUGGAUUUCUUUCGAUUGCCAGAAAUCAAUCUUCUCUGUUCAAUUAUAGCUUUUUUCGAUAGACGUGGUAUAAACUACAAACCUGUGUAUGUUUAUCAAGAUGUUUCUACGGCUGUAGCACGGAUUCAUAAGUCUGGUCUCCUAGGUCAAACAGUCAUGUCUAAUCCAGAAAAGUACAUUGUAAAAGAACCUCAACUGCGUAAAUUUCUAUGCCGAUUAGUGGAGAAUGACAGGAAGCUAUUUGUAAUAUCAAAUAGUUCAGCUGCAUACAUUGAUCGAGGACUAAGAUUUUUGAUUGGAGAAGAUUGGCAAGAAUUAUUCGAUGUAAUCAUUUCUCGUGCAAACAAACCGACAUUUUUUAAAUCACAAUUGGGACAGUUUCGACGUACUGAUGUGAGUGGUACAUUUAAACACUGGGAAGCAGUACAAGCAUUUAAACGAGGUCAAAUGUAUGAAGGAGGUUGUUUAGAACAAAUGAUUAAACUUACUGGAUGGUCUUCAGCAAGCAUAUUAUACUUUGGAGAUCAUGUGUAUGCAGAUCUUGCAGAUGUGGCGAGUAUAUAUGGUUGGAUGACUGGAGCUGUUAUACCUGAACUGGAACAAGAACUCAUUGCUGCCAAUGAUCCUGACUUUAAAAUGAAUCUUAGACGCCUAAGAAUAUUGGAGAAGCUAAUCCAAGAGAAUCAACAUGUCAGUUCACCCGAAGCCAAGUCAUUACUUGAACAAUGGUUUGAUGAACGAAAUGCUCUAAGACGUUCAAGUAAAUUUGUAUUUGAUCCUCAAUUUGGAAGUAUUUUUCGUUCAUUUCAUAAUCCUUCGUACUUUUCACAACGUCUUGGACAAUAUGCUACAUUGUAUACAUCAAGGAUAACAAAUUUACUACACUUCCCGUUGGAUCAUGCAUUUUUCCCCAAGAGAACUGCUUUACCCCAUGAACCGGAUUGAUUUUUGAACUGUUUGUAAUUUAUUUAUUUAUUAAUGUAACCAGUUAUUUCUUUGUUUUUAUUGUGAAUUUUCUCCCACUUUUUGUCAAUAAUAAUUUUUUUUACUGAGAUAAGAGUUAUUCGUAGUAAAUAUAAAGAAUUUC